AUGGAUACCAGGGAUACCAGGGGAUACCAGGGAUACCAGGGGAUACCAGGGAUACCAGGGGAUACCAUGGAUACCAGGGGAUACCAGGGAUACCAGGGGAUACCAUGGAUACCAUGGAUACCAGGGGAUACCAGGGAUACCAGGGGAUACCAUGGAUACCAGGGAUACCAGGGGAUACCAGGGAUACCAGGGGAUACCAUGGAUACCAUGGAUACCAUGGAUACCAGGGGAUACCAGGGAUACCAGGGGAUACCAUGGAUACCAUGGAUACCAGGGGAUACCAGGGAUACCAGGGGAUACCAUGGAUACCAGGGAUACCAGGGGAUACCAGGGAUACCAGAAUCUAGAACAAACGCAUUACAGGAACUUGCCACGAAUUCUAAACCAACAGCUCUUAAAAUUGUGUGCUUUUUCCUGAUGAUGCCAAAAUCAUUUCUGGUGAGAAAUUCAAUUCGUCCAUUUGGAGAUCAGAUUCAAGGCAUGGACCCCACGUCUAGCGCCUUUCAACUAGUGAUGCCCAAAACCGCAACUGUGAGUCCUAAAUCAGAUAUUGGCCAAACGCCAUUCUACCCCUCCCUUCUUCAACUCCGAGACCACGCGUGGCCGGCACGUGCGGCACUUGAUGGCGACAAAAUCAGCACGAUUGGAGGAAACUUCACUGCAUUUAGACCCUGGCAGGAAAGGAAAGACAACGAAGCCGAUUCAUCCUGUCUUUGGCCAAUGAACCUGCUACCAUUCAUGUAUAGUGGAUGGGCCGGAAGUCUCGGGGUGGAUGCGCGAUACCUUCUUCAACACUUCCUGAUAUCUUACAACUAUUUUGGCGGUUACCCGUUACGAUACCCGUGUUGUCCGGAUAUCACGAAUGUCAAGGACGCAUGCACCACAGACAAAGACAGCCUGAAAGGAGAGUCUUCACCGGAAGAAUGCGAAAAUACAUACGAAUGCUUAAAGUGCAACAAAAUUUUCAAUACGCCUCAUGGCUUGGAAGUGCACGUGCGGCGUUCUCACAGCGGCACAAGACCUUACGUCUGUAAUAUAUGCAACAAAACGUUUGGUCACGCUGUAAGUCUUGACCAACAUAAGUUUGUCCACACCCAGGAGAGGACAUUUGAGUGUAAACAGUGUGGGAAAGGCUUCAAGCGUUCCUCCACACUGUCGACACACCUUCUGAUACACAGUGACACCAGACCCUACCCAUGUCCAUACUGUGGAAAGCGUUUUCACCAAAAGUCCGACAUGAAGAAACACACCUAUAUACAUACAGGUGAGAAGCCUCAUAAAUGUUUGCAGUGUGGGAAAGCUUUCAGCCAAUCUUCAAAUCUCAUUACGCACAGUCGGAAACACACUGGAUUCAAACCUUUCGCGUGCGACAAGUGUGACAGAGCAUUUCAGAGAAAGGUAGACCUUCGACGCCACAUUGAAACCCAACACAGUAUGACCAUGGUUAGAGGCGUACAGAAGUCUCUGAUGUUGCCAUACCACUUUCCGGGACGAUAA